CCCUCCCGCUAACAAUGAAGAAAACCAAACCCCAAUUUCUAGGGUUUCUCCGAUAAAAACCUUCUCGAAGAUGCCCAGACCGGAUUUCUUCUACACCAAUCACCAUCAAAACCAUCAAGAAGAAGAGAUCUUCUGCAACCGCAGCGACAAUGUCGGGACAAAAUCCCGGUUCCGAUCCGACGUUCUCGAAGCGAGUCGCUGACCGUUAUCUCAAGCGCGAGGUCCUCGGCGAGGGCACCUAUGGCGUCGUCUUCAAGGCCAUUGACACCAAGACUGCACAAACUGUUGCAAUUAAGAAAAUUCGACUUGGAAAGUACAAGGAAGGUGUAAACUUCACUGCGCUUAGAGAAAUAAAGUUGCUCAAAGAGCUCAAGGAUCCGAAUAUAAUUGAGUUGAUAGAUGCUUUCCCUCAUAAAGGAAAUUUGCAUCUUGUAUUUGAGUUUAUGGAAAGUGAUUUGGAAGCUGUUAUUCGAGAUAGAAAUAUUGUUCUUUCUCCUGCAGACAUAAAGUCGUACUUGCAAAUGACAAUGAAGGGUCUUGCAUACUGUCACAAGAAAUGGGUCUUACACAGGGAUAUGAAACCAAACAACUUACUGAUUGGAGCUGAUGGACAACUAAAGUUAGCAGACUUUGGUUUAGCACGCAUAUUUGGAAGCCCAGACCGUAAAUUCACCCAUCAGGUGUUUGCUCGUUGGUAUAGAGCACCUGAGUUGCUGUUUGGGACCAAGCAAUAUGGAUCUGGUGUGGAUGUCUGGGCAGCUGCCUGUAUAUUUGCUGAACUUCUCCUCCGUCGGCCUUUUCUACAGGGUUCAAGUGAUAUUGAUCAGCUAGGAAAGAUCUUUGCAGCCUUUGGGACUCCUAAGCCAUCUCAAUGGCCUGACAUGGUUUACCUUCCUGAUUAUGUUGAAUACCAAUUUGUUCCUGCACCUCCACUGCGUUCACUGUUUCCUAUGGCCAGUGAUGAUGCUUUAGAUCUAUUAUCAAGGAUGUUCGCAUAUGAUCCAAAGUCAAGGAUAUCUGCACAACAGGCACUAGAGCAUAGGUAUUUUUCAUCUGUACCUGCACCGACAAAGCCAGCAUUGCUUCCUAGGCCUCCCCCCAAAGGGGAAUCACUCAAUUCUCGGCCUGUGGAUCUUAAUUCACAGGAGGGUCCUAUUGUAUUAUCUCCACCAAGGAAGUCGAGGAGAGUGACACUCCAUCGCGAGGGAUUCGAAGGAAAUGCUCCUCAAAUCGAGAAAGCUGAUGAGCACAUUAGCAGAAUCCGGCAAACAGGUGAGACGGCUGCAAGUCAGAACAGACAUAUGCCAAUGUCAGUGGACUUGGCUGAUGUUUUCGGAACAAGACCUCCACCUAGACCAACACUUAACAGUGCUGACCGGUCACAUUUGAAGAGAAAACUUGAAUUGGAUCUUGAAGUCGAUCCCCAAUGAAAAUAACCUACCUCAUGCACCUUCACAGCGACCGUGUAGUUGUGAUAAAAGGGUUGUAUUGUGGAUUUCACAGUCAUUAAUGCCGAACUUGGUGGUUCAUUUUUCAUCUGAUUUCGGCUUCCAGGCAUUUUUCUUUAUCUGCAUCCUGGUUUCGGGAAAUUUUAUGGCAGUGAUGGAAAUUGCUAGCCUUAGUGCGGCGAAAUAUAUGUAUGUGCUUGAAACGGUGUUUUCCAAUUAAUCUGGCGUGAUUUUAUGAGAAUGCUGAGAAUGAGUUGGGAGUAAUUAACUGUGCAUUUUAUUUUUUCCCCCCAAGAGGAGAUCUGUACACUAUGCAUAAAGUCAAAGCUGUUCUGAUUUUCCUACUUCUGACUUUUAUUUCCAUGUAAUGCCCCGUUGAAUGUGAAAUUUAAACAAUUCAUAUAUAUUGCGUCAUUUAGUUCA